AUGUCGAAGUUUGUCCUCGCACUUUGCGCUCUUGUGGUGCUGCACGGUGCAGCUGCCUUGCCGGUGGCUAACAACGGUCUUGCUAGACGUGUACCGGUUGGAGGCGAGGUAUACAUUGUAUCAGACGACUUGUUCGACAAGCGUACCGGUGGUGAAGCUUACAUCACAAACCCCGACUUCGACAAGCGCACUGGCGGUGAGGCGUACACCACGAAUAGCGAGCUUAACGAGAAGCGUACUGGUGGAGAGGCGUAUAUCGUGUCCGGCGACGACGCUAUUUUGCGCGAGCCGUAUGAAGAUAUACGAUGUGGUGUGGAUGAACUUGCUUUGUUGCGCAUGCUGCAUGAGAUAAGCCUAGUCGGACGUGGUUCUCGCGGAAGCGACGUCCACAUCGUCACUCUUGGCGUGUUCGAAAAGCCCACUGGUGACGAAGCUGAUGUUUCUACCAAUGAGGGUCCACGGUCGACUCUUAUUGUUUGGGAAGCAUUGACUCAUGAAUGUGGAAAGAGCAGCAUGCUCGACAAGAUGAUGAGAUCACUCGCUCCUGUGGCUGGACAUGACUGUCGUCGAAACUCCGCCCGGCAGGUUGCGCAAGCGCAGUGGAUCAUGGACCUGAGGCUUGUGAACGUAGUCGUGGGCGACUCCUCACUACACAUAGUACAGGUGGGCAUCCAUUGCUUGUUUCAAAGGACUGCCAUCAAUAUUGUGAUGCUCUUCGUGACAAGGCGCCAGAUGGUGUAUGCGCGAUCCGCGUGCCACUGCUUUGCCACUCGAGCUUCAGAAUUCACCCACUUCCUGAACUAUCGGCGUGAAUCUAAGCACCUCAAAGCGCGUGGGGUCACAGUGAUGGCUGCGCUCGUUCUCACAAUCAGAAUUCUGAUGAUACACAGAGCGCCACCGUGGACAUAUGAAUGGAUAUAUCAUAUUGUGGUCACGAAGAGGAGAAUUCCGUUCGACUCGUUCAACACUAUGUCAAGUCCGUAUACCAACAGUCAGCUGCACUCCGCAAGCCGACCUCGCACGCUUCGGGGCAAACGGGGCGGGCUGAAGGAGUUCCUGAAUGUGCCUCUUGACAUUGGUUUCGAGCAAAGACUUGAGGAAAAUGUUGAUGACCCCAAGAUCAUCUUCAAUAUGGCGCGCCGCGAGACGCAAUGUGGAGGGACUGCCGGACUGUCCGCCUUAUCUCAGCGAACCCCAAAUUGCCUGAAGAAAAACGCCAAGAUAGUUUUGUGGAAGUUUAGCGUUCGUUAUUGCGGGCCCUGCAGAGAGGCUUUGACGGUUCCUGGUACCCACUCUAAAUGGCUUAGAGUAUCGUCACAGCCUCUGUGGGAGCACCGUGAGGAUUGGCUCUGUGGUAUCAAGAGGUUCUACAUGCCGGUCCUAUACCACAUCCCUGAGCUGAGACGGGUUGAAUUGGAAUACGGAAGAAUAGUAGGAGAUGUGAAUGCGUUGCAACGAUUUUCUGAGAGACAAACGACCCAGGUCAAGUUGAUCGAUGAGUACGCGAAAAAAAUGGAAGCCUGGGAAAAGGAGAGGGAUACGCAGCGGGCACAGGUCUUGAACGAGAUCAGAAGUCGCCCAGACCUCUGCUGCUACCUAUGGAAGUGCCAUUCGCUGAUGUACAAGGCUAAACCGCUGUCAGAGUUGGGUAAAGUCUUUCUUUUCUCAGACUGGCAGAAGAUUUACGAUAUGGUCAAGUCAGAAGCGGAUCGUCGCAAAACCGUGUCGACCUCGAGGCUACCAUCCGUGCCUUUCGCCUCUUCGCUUUCUGACGAUUUUUACGCCUCUCUUAACGAUACGACCUUCGAUAUUUCGGACUGGUUAGCUUCCGAAUAUGAUACUUGCGCACAAGGCCUUAGCUCCUCAUCAGUCGCCAACGUGGUCGACAACGACGUUUCGAGCUACCUACAAAACACUGCCUCCGACUUCAAAGUCUUGUUACGCGUCCUUGCAGACACUCUUGUCUCGCAGGCCUCUAACCUGGAUACCUUUCCGGACGUCGUCCGACCAUCGCUUGCCGAUUUAGCUCUCACACAGCAUGUCAGAGACAUGAUAUGUUCGGGAGAGGACGAAGUCGCUGACAUUCAGACGAUGCGCGACUGCGUGCCCUCGGCUGUUGCAUAUUGGAUUCGCAGUGUCCGGCACCGGCUGCAAGACAUUCUCUGGAGUGGUAUGGGAACGGCAGAUCUGGACCUUGCCAUGGCGUUCUUCGAGUGUACUGGCUGCAUGGCGCUACUUUCUUAUCCCGACGUCGUUGCACAUAGCUGCACGCGCAGCCCACGGUCGUAUUCGAUCUUUCCAGCUAAACGCUCGCAGCUCGAUGAAUACGAGGAAGCUGUCUAUGCGGUGGAUGACGCCGCUGCUUGGAGUAGUGACUGUCUGAGAAUAGCUAGUAGUCACAGCCGAAUACGGCACGUCAUCGAGGUCUGCGGGUACUAUCCGGAUACGGCCAUUAGGCGGCAUCUCGAUGCAGGCGACGUCAAGCUCGCUUACAACCUGCCCGAAGUCCCGGAGGACGUUCGGAUUGUCAUGAUGGAGCAUGAACGCAAGCUUUCAGGAUUGCAGCCGUUGCACUGGAAAAGCUCACAGGCUCAGCCAGAGGCAACUGCCAAAAAGGGUGACGAGGACGACAGCACCCUUGUUGGCUACUGGGAGCAACAAUAUUGGUGCUGCUCUUUAUGCCACGACCCUGACGGCUACUGCAGAGAUGUCCACGCCAUCAAGGAGCACAUACAGAAACGGUAUUUGCUGUCGCAAAGUUGGCAUCGAGUUUACUGA